UGGGAAGAAUGGGAGGGAGGAGGUCUGAAAACUCUCUACUCAUUGCCCCAGGAGAGGUGUCCCAUAUCUUCCAAUAUUUUGCACUCUCAUUCUUUUUCUAACCCUUCUCCUCUUUCCGUGUCUUGGACCAUCACUGCUGUUUCAUGUAAAGGCCCAAUUUGCAGAAGUGGGACCUGAUUUCCCUGCAGCAGAGGCGGCUCCAUCGUCAGGCACCUGGCAGAGCCCCCCACAAAGGGGGAUCAGGCCGGAGGGCGACGGACGUGCCUCCUUGCAGGGGCGUGGAAUGACGUUGGCAAUGAGUACACAGCCGUCUCUUCCUGAAGGAAUGGAACUGGACCAGGGUCUGUUGACUUUUGAGGAGGUUGCUGUGCGGUUCACAAAGGAGGAGUGGGCAUUGCUGGAUCCUGACCAGAGAGCCCUGCACAGGCAGGUCAUGGAGGAGAACCAGGGGAUCGUGGCCUCUCUUGAAAAUUACUGGUGGGAAAGGAAGAAUAAGAGGGAACCAUGUGGGAUGUCACCAAAAAGAGACAAACAUAACAACAGCAAACAGAAAAGUAAAACAAAGUUAAAUAGCAGUGGAAGGAACAAUUCCUUUGCUUCUCAGGGUGAUGGCUACCAUGAUAGCACAAUCCAGGAAGAAAUACAUGAAAGACAGGAAGUGAAAAGUUCCCAUAUGCAGAGGAAAAUUUUCAAUUCCAAAUCAAACUUCAAAGUUCAUUGUGAAAUUCACACCUGGAAGAAACCAUAUCCAUGCUUGGUGUUUGGAAAGAGCUUCAGUGAGAAGGGGACUCUGACUUUUCAACAAAGAACUCACACAGCGGAGAAACCAUAUCAAUGCUUUGAGUGUAGAAAGAGGUUCAGUUGGAAGAAAACACUUAUUUCUCAUCAAAGAACUCACACUGGGGAGAAACCAUAUAAAUGUUUGGAAUGUGGAAAGAGGUUCAGUCGGAAGGCCCAUCUCAAUUCUCAUCAAAUGACACACACAGGAGAGAAACCAUACCAUUGUUUGGAGUGUGGAAAGAGGUUCAUUGAGAAGAGAAAUCUUAUUUCUCAUCAAAGAACUCAUACAGGAGAGAAACCAUAUAAAUGUUGGGAGUGCGAAAAGAGCUUCAAUCAUAAGACAUAUCUCAAUUCUCAUCAAAGCACUCACACAGGGGAGAAACCAUACAAUUGUUUGGAAUGUGGAAAGAGGUUCAGUUGGAAGGCCCAACUUACUUCUCAUCAAAGCACUCACACAGUGGAGAAACCAUACCAUUGUUUGGAAUGUGGAAAGAGGUUCAGUUGGAAGGCCCAACUUACUUCUCAUCAAAGAACUCACACAGGGGAGAAACCAUUCCAUUGUUUGGAAUGUGAAAAGAGGUUCAGUCAGAAGAACCAUCUUAUUUCUCAUCAAAGAAUUCACACAGGGGAGAAACCAUACCAUUGUUUGGAGUGUGGAAAGAGCUUCAGUGUGAAGAUAACUCUUACUUGCCAUCAAAGAACUCAUACAGGAGAGAAACCAUAUAAAUGUUUGGAGUGUGAAAAGAGCUUCAGUCAGAAGGCACAUCUCAGUUCUCAUCAAAUCACUCACACAGGGGAGAAACCAUAUCAAUGUUUGGAGUGUGGAAAGAGCUUCAGUCAGAAAUCACAUUUUACUUGUCAUCAAAGAAUUCACACAGGGGAGAAACCAUAUAAAUGUCUGGAGUGUGAAAAGAGCUUCAGUCAGAAGGCCCAACUUAAUUCUCAUCAAAGAACUCACACAGGGGAGAAACCAUACCAUUGUUUGGAGUGUGGAAAGAGCUUCAGUGCGAAGAAUAAUCUUACUUCUCAUCAAAGAAUUCACACAGGGAAGAAACCAUAUAAAUGUCUGGAGUGUGGAAAUAGCUUCGGUCAGAAGAAAUAUCUCACUCAGCAUCAAAGGACUCACACAGACGAGAAACCAUAUCAGUGCUUGGAGUGUGGAAAGAACUUCAGUCAUAGAAGAACUCUCACUCAGCAUCAAACAAUUCACACAAGGGAAAAAUCAUACGAUUGUUUGGCAUGUGGAAAGAGGUACAGUGAGAAGAGAACUCUUACUUCUCAUGAAAGAACUCACACAGGUGAAAAUCCAUAUCAUUGCUUGGAGUGUGGAAAGAGCUUCAGUCAUAAGGGAGCCUUUACUUCUCAUCAAAGAACUCACACAGGGUUUCUAUAGAAAAGGCUUUAUUUCUAGCUUACAUCACUACCUUUCAUUAAAAACAGGAAUUAAAAAGGGCAUACAACAACAACACACAAGUAUUAUUUCUAUAUUAAAAGUGUAGCAAUUCAGAAAGGAAUCAUUGAUGUCUGGGAUAUCUCCACUGAUACCUAUUUGUGGUCUCCCGGAUUUUCACCUAAAUGGGAGAUUGAUAAACCAAAAGGCUUUAAAAGACAAUCAGCUGGAGAGAUUAAUGCAUUAUUAUAAAGACUAUUUACCCAUAUCUAAGAUUGCCUCGACGACAUCAUUGAGGAAAAAGUUAAAGGGCAAAUGACUAUAUUGUAUUUCUUUAUUUACAGUCAACAGAUCAAUAUAAAACAAGAAGAUACACCAUUAUAUAAAACAGUACAAAGUAGGGAUAAAAAAGAGGGAGUGUUACAAAACCACUAAAGAUACUAGAUUGUUAUUUGUUGGUUUCUGAAAAGGGAACAGAAUUGGGUUAUUGGGGCCUAGCAUAGUGAAAAAGGGAGGGAUAUAUAGAUAAUAAAAUUACUACUUAAACUGGAUUUAGAAUCACAGCAAGUACUAUGAACUCGCUGGGUAUCUGACUGGGCUAUUAGAAUAGAUCAAGAAAAUGAGAUAAAAAUUUGGGGGGGAAUUCUUUUAAAGCCACAUCAGCUAAAUGUACAGAAAUAUUGCUUAAAAUAUUACAAAAACGGUACUUUACGCCAUCCAGAAUAGCAAAAAUAGACAAGUCCUCACCAUUGUGUUGGAGAGGGUGUGAGGUCCGGGAAUCCUAUGUUCACAUGUGGUGGGGUUGUGAACAUAUGCAAAGAUUUUGCACGGGGAUUUUUGAAGAAAUAUCCAUCGUAAUGGAAACGACAGUAAUAAAUACACCAGAAUUUGCAUUGUUUAAUAAACUUGACAACCAAAACCAGACUAUAUUACACAAAAAGCAAAUUGAGUAUCUUCAUAGCAGCACGUAUGCUUAUAGCUAAAUGCUGGAAGGAGGCAAAAGGAUGAAAUAGAAGGAGGUGGUACGGUAAUAGUGUGGGAAAUAGCGCUCUCAGAGAAACUUCCACAAGAGGACAAAAGAAAAAAGACAAUUUUGCGACAGAAUGGUCGUGUUUUAUUACACACACAAACAAAACAACAGCAUCAGCACAGGUACAAACUGCCUUUAACAGCUUAUGGUUACAAUAGCCUCUCUGGAAAAAAUAACAAUUAAAAUAAAUAGCCGUGAUUGGGGACCUAGCCAACCAAUUAAUUAAUUAAUUAUCCUUUAAAACUGCCUGAUAACCAUUUUAAAUAAUUUGUACUGUGUGUUUAUAGAAAGCAUAUUCUAUCUAUU